AUGGAUAGGGAAUACCAGGAAUUUGUAUGUAAUAAUGAAAAUGAGUGUGAUGAUGAAAAUGAAGAUAAGUACGAAAACAAAGAUUCGAUUAUAUUAAAAACUGUUGAAGAAAAUGAUGCGAACCCUCCCAGUAUCAAUCGAAAGAGGCGGCUGGCUAACUAUUCCACUCAACAAAGUCAGAUUAAUUUGCAGUCGGAAAGCGAAAUAGAUAUAAACUCGGAAAACACUGAAGACUACAAUAAUGAGCAAGAUUUGGACGUAGACGAACACGACGUCGGUGGAAAGCGGCUGAAAAUGCGACAGAAGCAAAGCAACACCGAGUUAAGAAAAAAAGUUGAGGCGAUGAAAGCAGCAGUGCAAGAGGAUAUUAAUUCAUCGAGUGGAGGUGAGGAGUGUCCGCAAAGAAGAAGAAAAUUGACUUCACCAAAGAAACACAUCGAAAAGGAAGUCAUUAAGUCCGAACCAACCAACACGUCAGACAAUCGCCCCUCUCCAUCAAAUAACCUUAAUGAUUCACAUGCAAAUAUUUUUCACAAUAAAACAACAUUAGAGGAAAUUAUUCACAAAAAGUUGAAACAGGCGCACGAAGAAAGUGAUGCUGGCACUUGUCCUAAGAAAAGCGCCAAGAAUCAUUCAUCGUCAUCGAAAAAAAGCCCUGUAACAAAGCCUUUAAAGAAAAGUCUAUUAACCCAAAUUUGGCAUGAAGAAAAUGAAAUGAAAAGUACUACUGAAAAAUCAUCAAGUACAAAAUAUGACAAAAUAGACGAGACCACUUCCGUAGUAGACAAUAGAAAUAAUCAAGAGCGCCAAAGAAAGCGGCACAGUAGCGAAGAGGCGGAUCAACAUGUUAUCACAGAGGAGCCCGAAGCAAAGAAGGAAGUACCACGAAACGAUUUCGGUGUACAAGGUAAAACAGAUGUUCCAUCCACGGGAGAUUCUGAAACUGCGAGAAUUUGUCGUAGAUCGACGAGGCGGGGUAAUGGAAGCAACAUCACAUCUAAUAAACCGAAGGUGCAUGAUAAGAAAAAUUACACAAUGCCUGAAUCAAAUAAUUUGAAAGAUGUGCCUGCGAACAAAAGGCGUGAAUCAGAAAAGGCUUCCAGCGAAGACGGUUCUCCAGUUUCAGUAAGUCAAAAUAAAUCUGUUACAAAAGAGGAAGAUGCAACUGAAUCUGAAAAGGCUUCCAGGGAAGAAGGUCCUCCAGUUUCAGCAAUUCAAAAUAAGACUGCUAAGAAAGAGGAAGAUGCAACGGAAUCUAAAAAGAAAUCAAUGGAAAAGACGACUUCAAAAGAAAAAUCGCCACCGUCAACAAAAAAAGUAGUGAAAGGAGUCCGUAAGCAACGUGAGGUUGACACCACAAAUAUUAUUGAUGCCAACGACGCGGAAACACCAGUACGACAAUCAAGGAGAAUAGCGCAGUUAAAAAUUAGGGAGGAAGCGGAACGUCGCAAACUUGAGGAAAUUGCCUUAAGGACUAUGAAACAGGAAUUAAAGAAGAAAAAGAAGGCAGAAAAACAAGCAGCUCCAACAGUCUUGCCACCUUCAGAACCCUCAUCAGAAUCGGCGGAGAGUGACAUUGAUACGAAGAAAAAAGUGCAAAAAAAGAAAUGUCCGGGCAAGAAUGGCAGUUGGUCAUCAGGAUCGGAAGAACAGGAAGAACCAGAUGAAGAAGAGGACGAGGAGCAUCAUCAUUAUGAGACGGACCCUGGGUCUCCUCUUUUCAAGUCUGAUCAUGAAUUUUCCCCCGAAUCUGAUAUUGAGGAUGAAAUUCAAGUAGUACCAACGAAAAGGGCACGUACUGCUCGCAAAGGAAAUGAUGUAGACAACGAACCAGAUGAGGAAGAAGCUUGCCAAAAAUGCCAUAAAUCGGACCAUCCCGAAUGGAUAUUAUUGUGUGAUAAAUGUGACAAGGGUUACCAUUGUUCCUGUCUUUCGCCCGUACUUUUUUAUAUCCCAGAGGGUGAUUGGUAUUGUCCCCCAUGCCAACAAGAACAAUUGAUAAAAGCAUUAGAAGGACAGUUGAAGGAAUUUGAUGAAAUGGUUGAGCGUAAGAAACAAGAACAGGAGGAAGUUAAACGCUUGGAGGAGAAAGAAAACGCAAGGCGGAAAGAAGAAGAGGAACUUUCAAGUCAGAACAAAAGAAAAUCUAAAAAAUAUGAUAAUGAUGAAGAAGAGGACGAGGAUGAAAUUGAAAACAAGAAAUCAUCGAAAAAUAAUACAAUUGACAAACGCAGACGAAAUGAUCGUCGACAAUAUUCAGGUCGUAAUACUAGAAGUCAUAGACGGAAAAACCACGUUACAAGCGACAGUAAUUCUCGUGGAACCUCCAAUUCAGAAAGUGCAUCAAAAAGCGAAUCCUCGUCUUCAUUUUCUGAUAGUGAUGACGAACCAAUAUAUAAAUUAAGGAAAAGAAGGCAAUUAAACGUUAGUUACAGAUUAAAUUAAUAUGAUGAUCAUAUAAACUCUGCGCUUAAAAAGGAAAUGGACGAGGUUGCUGGAGCAGGUAAUUUAGGCCGAGGAAAAGAUAUAUCAACGAUAAUAGAAGCAGAUAAAGAGGAGAAAGCUCGGCAGAAGCAUCUGGAAAGUUCAGAUGUACAGGUGGAAAAAGAGGAAAAGGCUGAUGAUAGUACUGAAAAAGGUGACACAAAAAAUAUUGAAAGCGAGAGCGAAGAUGAGCUAAUAAAGGACCUGGUUCAGCCUAAGUCAACAAUGAAGAAAAAAUCACGUAAACUUACAACGCUAGAUAUUAGUUCAGAAGGCGACGAUGCGUCAGAUGAAGAUUUUAAGGGUUCGUCGGUGGACGAAGAAGACGAGAGUUUUGGUUCGUGUUCAAUAAAUAGUGAUUCAAGUCUGGAAAUAUAUAAACGUAAAGGUAAUUCGAGAAAGAAGCAGAGAAAAGCAGCAAGGCGUGCUUUCCGAGAACGUCGCAGGGAUAGAAAAUUUAUAGUAGACAAUAGCGACGACGAUGAAGAGGUACAAAAACCAAAAUCGAAGAAGAAGCGAAAAGUUGAAUCUGAUUAUACUGAAAGUGAAUUAGACGAUGACGACUGCAGCUGCACCUCUACAACCAGUGAUAACUGCUUCUCCUUCUGGGCUCCAAGAACCUGUUAG